GGCUCAAAGGUUUUGCUCAGAACAACCCUGUCUGAGUCCUCCCACAAGCCACAAGCUGUCAUGGUUCGAGUGUGGGCAUUCUUGGCCUUAGUGGCAGCAGGCAGCAGCUUGGUCGGUGCCGAAGAGGCAGAGGCUGAGGCUGAGAAGGUGGUCGAUGGCUUCAGUGACAAUGACAGGGCCAAGAUGGCUGAGUCAUCAGAGAAGCAUGAGUUUCAGGCUGAGGUGAACCGUUUGAUGGAUAUCAUCAUCAACUCGUUGUACACAGACAAGCAGGUCUUUUUGCGUGAGUUGAUCUCCAAUGCAGC